CUUCUUUCGCGAUUUUAAUUCUGCGCUUGCUCUCUCUCUCUGUCUCUGGAAGUUCUCAAUGUCAGUGUCAAGGUCAGCGGGCCGACGCACUACAGUCGAUUGUGGCGGCACCAGAAUCACCAACGUCAGGAGCAACGAUCAGGGCGAGACACUUGAGCAGUUAACGAUUUGAUACAGAAUCUCUCGCACAACAUUUAUUGUUGCCCCGAAAAUUGACUCUGGAAUUUCAUACUUUCCCUUUACAUAUAUCUUUAAUAUUUUUUUUUUACUCGAUUCAACUUUAAACUUGAAAUAUUUAUUUCUUUAAUCUUUUCAGAUUAAAUAAUUUUACAAAAUACACGGGAAUUUUGUCGCAAAAAUUUCCUUCUAUUUUUUUUUUUUAGUAAAGAUUUGCUAAAUUUUUGCAAUUUUAUUUAUAUGACAAAAAAUACAGCUACCGUGUAUUCUUCUCUUUCUCUCUUCUAAACCUUUUCUUCGGAGGGGGUUUUUUUUUCUUCUUUUUUUUUUUUUUUUUUUUUUUUUGCAUCUUUGUCCUCGGCCAGACUCCUCACAUCCUUCUUAAAAUUCCCCUCUCGCCCGAUAGUGUGUAUAUGUGUUGGAGGUGACCGCACGUCUUCCUCUCUUUUCGUUGCUGUCGUUUUCCCUCGCGAUCUUGGCAAUGGAUAAAAAUCACUGAAAAAGUAUCCAUGAAAAACGAGAGUGAAAUUUAUUUACUAUUUUCAAUUUGUGUACGCGUGUCGGAAAUAAAAAAAUUCCCAAGUAAAAAAAUAAAAACUUAACAAAGUGAAUUGAAAGAAUUGAUUCAAUUUGUUUUUCAAAAUUAAAUUGAACAUUAAUAGAGAGAAAAUGUGAAAGAAAUAGUAGAAAAAUAUUUUUCUGUUGUGUGUGAAUUAUGUUAUAAAUUGUUCGACAUUUAUUCAAUAAUCAAAAAAAUUGUGAAUAAGAAGAAAAUGGAUUUUUUCGAAACAAUUGGAGAGAAUAAAGAUAAUAAAAUGUCGAAUGGUACACAACAGCAACAACAACAACAGAGAACAGCUUAUGUUGAAGCUCAUGCUGUUGCUCAUGCUGCAGUGCAACAACACAUGGCGCAACAAGCCGCACAGGCAAGGUUAGCUGGACCAGGACCUGCUGCUGCAACACCACAACCACCCAAUCCAACCUUCACUUUACCCGAUGAUGGUCUUGGAUAUGACGAUGGAGUUCGUGUCCUUCGUUCCAUUGGAACCUGGUCUCCUGAAUAUUCGGCAGCGAUGCGACCAACAGGAACAAUGCCCGCUUUUCCCGGUUCAACGGAACAACAAUUUGGAAAUGGCCGUGCACCGACAAUAAAUCAACCACUGCGUAAUGCAAACACUAUUGGAAUUCGACCGGGUUCUGUUUCAAAGGCAACGAAUACUGGCGAACCAACAACGAAAGCAUUUGCCUGCACAGUUUGUGGAAAAGGACUUGCACGUAAAGAUAAACUCGUUAUACAUAUGAGAAUACACACCGGCGAAAAGCCAUAUUCAUGCGAAGUUUGUGGCAAAGCCUUUGCUAGAAGAGAUAAACUUGUCAUUCAUAUGAAUAAAUUGAGGCAUAGACCGGGUGUAACGCCACUAUCAACUCCUGCACCUCCAACUGUUGAGCAACAACAACAACAGCAGCAACAACAACAGCAGCAGCAACAACAGCAACAACAACAACAACAGCAGCAACAAUCUCGACAAGAUCCAAUUCAUAAAUUAAAAGAAGAACCAAUGAGUUGGUCCUGUGAAUUAUGCGGUCGAGCACUCGCUACUAGAGAAGAAUGGACGCAACAUGCACGAUCACAUUUAGAGGCAUCGGUGCCACCGCAACAUGCGGCACCAUAUUUUGCAGCAUCAGCAGCACCAUCGCAACCAUAUACGCCCGAUAGAAAUUUUUGUCCAAUGUGUCGCAUUGAUUUCAAUGAUAAGGCUGAAUUUAUGUUUCACGUACGUUCACAUUUUGAGCCACAUGCACAACAAACGGGAACGCAACGUUCAAGUUUAAAACAAGGCAAUGAUCCUGCAACUGCUGAAUUAAUUGCACGAGGACUCGUCGAUCCUUCUGGAUUAUGCAGCUAGAAUUUUCCCCAUUUAAAAUCCACGAUGUCGAUCCGUGUCUUACCAUAGUACAACUUUAAAUGACACAUCUUGUCUUCACACAUGAUUUUUUUUUCUUUUUUUUUUGCAUAGCUUGGUAUGAAAAUUGUGAUCGUAAUUUUAAUUCUUGUCUUUUUUUUUUAAAAAAAAAAGGAUACAUCAAGUAACGAUUUUUAUUAAUCUUAAUUUUAAUACUUGUUUGACAUAAAAAUAAUUCGAAAAUAUGUAUUAACUUUCUUACAUAUGAAUUUUGAUUAGUUUUAGUUACUUGCGUAUCCUUCAUCUUUUUUUCUUUUUUUUUUUUGCAAUUUUAAAACAAAAUAAGAGUAAUGUAAAAUUUUAUUUUUUUUCCACUGUUAAUUGUAUUUUUUUCAGAGUUAAUAAUAUUUCUCUAAAUCUAAAAUUUUAUUUUCUAUUUUAUCAUUUGAAAUCAUUAACUAUUAACAGUGGAAAAAGUCUUUAUUAGAAAUAUUCAUUCGCAUAAUAAUUUUUGACUUCCAUUUUUUAAUUGUUAUUUUCUUGUUUAAGUUUAUUUGAUUAGGUGCGAUUUUCACGUGAUUGUCCUGCCAAAUUUGAUAUUUUCGUUUAGUGAAAAUAUUUCAGUUAGUAUAAAUUUUUGAAAAAUUUUCAAGAAAAAAAAACAAUUUGUUUUCAUAAGUGAUUUUUGCGACGCAAAAUGAAAAUCUUAAAAUGGCUGUUUAUACGUGAAACUCGAAUGCACCUUCCUCUUGUUGCGGUAGAAUAGAAAUCAGUAGACUUGAUUAAGAAUUUAUAAUUGAUGUGCCUCCUAUUCUUGAAUUACAUUAACAUUUAUAGAUGUUUCAAAUUCGGUCGUGAUUUUUAACAUCUACGACCAAAACUCCGACUGAUAUUUAGAAAUAGUUUGUUUUUUUAUAUAUAAAUAUACUAUAUAUAAUCAAAUACUCAAGAGCAACAAAAGACUUACUUGUUUAUGUGAAGUUUUUAAAAAUAUCUUCGAACAAUUUUUUGCGGGAAAAUAAAUCUGUAAAUUCAAAUAAUAAUAAUAAGAAAUAUAAUACUGACAAUAUUUCUAUUAAACGAUUUUUAAUUCUAUAUUGUGAUACAAAAGACUUUUGAUAUGUUCCAAUUGAGAAAAAAAUUUUUUUAAAACCAUUUUUUAUAUUUACAGUGAUUAAAAUAAUAAAAAAAAAUAUCUAUAAACGACAUGUUUAUAAAGUAGGAACAAAAAUAUUUUAUACACUUUCAGUAAUUAAUUAAAAAAUGCAUGAAAUUUUAAUUAGAAAAAAUUGUAAACCGAAUUAAAUAAGAAUUCUGUGAUAUUUAAAUUUAAACACAAUUUUAAUAUGUUUUUAAAAUAUAAUUAUGUUAUAAAACAUAUUAAAAUAGUGUUUUUAAGAUUGAUUUAAUUUUCAUUAUUUAUAUGAAAAUUUGUAUUGUCCAGUAAUUAAAAAAAAAGAAUAUUUUUGAGGAAAAAUUGCUGGAAAAUAAGCAAAAGUGAUUUAAUUAGGUUUUUUUUAAAAAAUAUUAUGUAAAUCGAUAUUACUUCGUGAAUUUAUAUAAAGAAAAUGAAAUUCGAUUUCGACAAUGAGCUUUUCUCUUUGGAACUUUUUUUUUUUAAAUAUAAUAUAAUAUACUUGACUGCAUUUUAUAUUAGAGCAUGACAUAUUAUUUAAUAAAUAAGCGGAUCGGGAGGCACAUCGACAUAUACAUAUUAUAAAUUAAUGUAAGUUAGAAUUAGAAUUAAUGUUUCUUUACACUUUUAUUCUUGUCACGAGGAUUGAACGUUCCAUUGCCUCUAAUAGCUGUUUUUUUAGACUAAUUUUUAUACUGUUGAUGUCACGCGCAGCUAAUCAGAGCCAGUAUGAAGUACUACCGUAAUUAUUACACACGAUGUAUACUCAACUUUAUAAAUAAAUAUUAUCGAACUAUAUAUAAAAAAUGAA